AAGCGAAGAAAAGAAUAACAGGGACUGAAUAUCGAUUCCAGGUUGCUCCUGGAGACCCCUAGAAUUUCGGAACCGCGCGGUAGAGGAGAUGCUGCGUGUUGGGGAUCAGCGGCCGCAUGCCGAAGUGCCGCAUGCCGAAGUGUAGGAAUCACACAAACCGAAUGGAAUAUUCUCUUGUGUGUGAUUUCCAAAGAGGGCGGCGGUAGAUGAAACCAAGGCAACCGACCUCAGACGAAUCCCGCAUUCAACCACUGCUGGCCACCGUUUUCUGGCCCCUCUCAUAGCUCCUGCAGUCCGCUGCACCGCAGCACAAGUGGGUUGGCGCUUCGAGAGCUUUUCGAGGAGUGUUUGAGGAGAGGUUGUUACGCGGUAUAGCAAUGGCGGAGUUAGGCGAGUUCUCUUGGCCCAACCCCAAGGGUGGUCUCCUUGGGGACCUCUACAGCGUGUAUGGAUCAGUCGAGCUUGACGCCCGUCAUGUUAUACUCCAGCAGUUCAACACCAUAUCUACCAUCCUCCUGUGGUUGCUGGCCGCCUGGGCCAAGAUGUGUCUGGCUCUUUUGCCGACGCUCGUGCCCGUGCCUGUGUUGUCCACAGUUUUGCAGAAGCUAAGCACGGCAGGAGAUGAAUAUACUUCUGCACUUUCCAGCAGUUUUGGUAGGCAGACGAAGUCCCAUCUGGGCAGCCGCAGUAACUUGGCGGUCUCUGCGACUCCCAUUGGCCGUGCCCUCACUCAGGUGCUGGCUUUAGUGAACGAUGUUCCGGCCUCCUCCAACAAGUAUGUAUUUCUUCAAGGCUUAGCUGACAGAGUGAUUCAAGAGAACAGAAUGGAAGGUGCCAGAUAUAAUUCCAUCAACCAAGCAGCAUUGAAGAGUAGCUUCACCCGAACGAUCUACCUACUUGGGCUAUCCUUAGAGAGUCGCCGUCAGAGUGAUUCGUUUCUAGGUCGACUUGCAAAGAAUCUUCCUGGUGGCGCUGCAGUUCCAAGUGUGAUCUUCUCGGGCCCAUUCGCUAAACUUUGGUCAUUUUUUGGACAACUCCUGUCUCCACUGGGGUUUUUCAGUUCAAGGUCGAAUCUCAAUGAAUCAGCGUUGCAAGUCGCGAACUUGGUCGAUGCAGACGUGGCCGAGAAAUUUGCCAUCGAACUUUUGUGGAUUGCUGAAAAGCUGCUCGACUGUGGUGGGAUGGAGGUUGCGGUUCAACAAUGGAGCUCAGUGUCGUACCUCGCAGAGCUUUCUCUACGUGCUUCUCCGAAGGUCCAGAAGUCCCUUGUCCGGCUUUCAACUCUACUAUGUAAAGGCUUGGUGGGGAACAUGAGCAUCCCACAAGAGGUUUGUUUCAAGUUGAUGCUGUUGUGGUUACCUCUGCUCUGCAAUGCGACACAUGGUGGAGAUGGUCCCAUCUUCAACUCUGCAGAAAAGGGAGAGGCUGAGAGGCAAUUGGAGCUGCUUGUUGCAUCUCUUCCAGAGACAGACCAGGAGCAGAUUCUGUCUACCUGGCUGCAAGAGUAUGCUAUGUCUCAAUCUGACUGGCCUAACCUCCAAAAUUGUUAUAACACUUGGUGUUACACAACACGGAAGUUGGAGCAUGAUACGUCAAACAUCAUGAAGCUGGAACAUCUGAAGUAUUGAAUUGUACUCACGGGAGAUCAUUACCGUGACAAGCUCGCAACGUUGGUAACAAUUGCUUUGUACAUUCAGGAUUAACUUAGACAAUGGCCCAACCAUAUAUGUACAAAAUAUUUAAGGCAUCUUAUUCGAUUCCACAUGGCUAGGUUCCGCCAUGCUUACCUUGUCGAUGGCGCUCCAGAUUCGUAGAGCAAAACUGGCUGACCAUCACCGAACGGAUUCGUUGCUGCCACAGAGACCGCAGGUUGUUCUCGGCAGUGAAGCUUGGAGGUCUACGAGUAGCUUUUCUCAAUGAACGCUUAGACUUUAAAUUCAACUGCUUAAAUUAAACCGCUAACAUAAUCAGUUUGAAACUAUUCCCUUUUUCGUCAUUCCGAUGGGCGCUCCACCAGUGUUGUCCUUAUGUAUAUGUAUACUUUUAUUUUUAAAUUAGUGAAACUACGCCUGUCACAUUA